AUGGCGCCGAUUCCAAUCACCAUCAUUACCGGGUUCCUCGGCUCCGGCAAAACGACCCUCAUCCUCAACCUCAUGCCGCAACUCCGCGCCAAGAACCCAGCCUACAAGCUAGCCCUCCUCAAGAACGAAUUCGGCGACCUCGCAAUCGAUUCGCAACUCGCCUCGUCCUCGGCGAUAUCGGGCGUGCAGGAGAUGCUCAACGGGUGCAUAUGCUGCAACCUCGUGGGCCAGCUGGGUCCCGCGCUGGAAGAACUCGCCCGGACAGUCACGCCCGACCGCAUCGUCAUCGAGACCAGUGGCUCAGCGUUCCCCGCGACGCUGGCGCUGGAAGUGAACCGCCUGGCGAGAGACGCGGGGCGGUACCAACUAGACGGCGUGAUAAGCGUAAUCGACGUAGAGAACUGGCAGGGGUACGAAGACACAAGCUACACGGCCAAGAUUCAGGCGCGCUACACAGAUCUGAUUGUGUUCAACAAGUGGGAGACGGCGGGGGAGGACAGGUACGAGGAGUGCGUCGACAGGGUGGGCGACCUGGAGGUUGACGUGGCGAGGGUCAAGAGCGACAAGGGGUGGGUUGGCAUGAAUCUGGUGUUUGGCGUGGACGGCGGGCUGGCGAGGGACUUGACCGAGACGGACAUGGAGCUCGGGGUCAACGGAGGGCAGCACGACCACGAUCACGGCGGGCAGACCAACGGCCAUUCCCACAGCCACCAGAACGAAGUCGAAGUGCUGUCGGUUGAGCUCGCGGCCCCCUCGGCAGCCACGUCCACCCCCAAGCUCCUCGCGUUCCUGCGGGCCGCCCCGAAGGACGAGGUGUACCGCAUCAAGGCCGUCGCCACGCUGUCGUCGGCUCCUGAGAACUCGGAUGCCGAUGCGCCCCGGCCAGGAGGCCCCCCUGGCGGCCGGUACAUUCUCAACUGGGCGUUUGGCCGGUGGACGUUUACGCCCGUAGGGCAGGGGCAGCAGGAGCACCCGUCCAGCAGGGACGUGACGCUGCGGAUGACUGUCAUUCUGGCACGGCACGAGGGCAACAGGUGGAGGAAGAAGCUGGAGGCCGGUGGGUAUCUGGAGGCCGAGGGCGUGAAUAAGGGCGAGCUGAGCGUCAAGCGCAUCCUGUAG